GACAGCUCGUGACAGAAAAUGAGAGGUGGCGGUUAAUCAAACUUUUAUUAUUAUUAUUAUUAUUAUUAUUAUUAUUAUUAUCGUGAAUUCAUUUGAAUCUGCUCGAGACUCACCACCUUUUCAGAAAAGAAUGACAACCUCAGUAUCGUGCAAGACAUCGUACGUGACACCUCCUUCGGGUCAGUACGUAUCUGAACCCGUGAACGUGAUCAUCAGUCAGAAAGAAUGCGAUCAAGGUCAGGUGGUCAACUCCGAGUUUAACCUUAUGGAAAUGACAGAGGUUGAAUACACACACCUUCAGCACCUCAUUCAGUCUCAUAUGGAAGCUCAGGAUGGCCCCGAAGAGCUCAGGUUAAAUCCGCCAUCUACUACAGAACGUGGGAGUGAAAACAGCUGCAAGGCGUGUCCGUUUCCGUAUGCGUCACCUGCGUGUCCGCCGGACGCGUCUUCUUCAUCCUCUUUUCCCACAGAUGUGCAGUUUGUUUCAGUGCCUAGUAACCAAGGAUCUGAAGACAGUCAGGAAGUUAAAAUGCUUCUUUACAGUGAUCCGAGUAGCAUAAGUACUUUAGGGGGGAGCACGCCGACUAGCAACGGCGAGGUUCCCAGCUCUAUGCUGGUGAAGUUGAGAUGUGUCAUGGACGGGGCGAGAGAGAGAAAUGAUAACCGAAGGGUCCUUCCUCUUGGUUCGAGACCCAACCCACCUGCACGGGUUUGCUUGGAGAAGAGGUUCAACUGCGACUCCUGUGAUUUGACCAAGAAGCAAGAGUCACAGGCGGCAGUACUGAAUACUUUUUUGUCGAUGCUUCACAACUCUACGGACGUGCCAGGUAUCGCGAUGCAUUCUGAGCCGGAAAAUUGGUCCAAAGUAGAGAGGACUGCUGCAGUAGAGUGCGGUCAUCCAUACGCAGGGAAUCAGAGGCUCUGUCACUUCUCUCAGCUGUUGGAGGGCAGCAAACAUCCAGCAAAGAACCCCAGCGUCAGUAAGAGUGCCGACUCUGUGCCGAAAUCCCCGUGCAUCAUAUACGCUGACGUGACUACCGAGGAGCAGGUCAUCAACAUGGAAAAUGAGGGAGUGCAAAAAGCGGUGAAGAGAGCCAGGACGCGUGGAGCCCGGACUUUGCAAGCCCGGGACCCCAAUAUAAUGCAGGGCUCAGGAAAAUGGAACCCAGUUUGCCUUAUUCCUGGUCGUAAACCAGAUCGAAGAACCCGACUUCCUUUAGAGAUUAGUCAGCGUAAAGAGACACACAACCUCAAGGAGAGAGACCGCAGGAGGAGAAUUCGGCUGUGCUGUGAUGAGCUGAACAUGUUGGUGCCGUUCUGCAACGCUGAGACCGACAAAGCCACGACUCUCCAGUGGACAACCGCCUAUCUCAAAUAUAUCAGAGAGAUCUACGGAGACUCCCUGAAACAGGGCUUUCAAAACACGUUUUGCGGGAAAACCGGCGUCCGGAUCAAGCCGAGCUGCGCUAACGAAGACGCCGAGUGCGAGAACGCUGCAUCAAAGGAGUGACUUCUCUUCAUUUCAGCUGUACUCCCAUAGCAGGCACUUGCAUUCGAACAAAUUUUCCAUUACAGUUACAGUUUGACCUUUUAAUUAUUCAUUUAUUUACUUACUAACUUACUUAUUGGUGAUACACUCUUUGAUGUAUUGUUUAAUUUAUAUAAGAAGGUAAUUGACUUACAUUGCAUAGUCUCCAUUGUAAAAAAAAAAACAAAAAAAAAAAACAAAACACAUUUUAAUUUAAACCUUUCCUCUCCUAAUGUACAAUUCAUAUUUUCCUGAUCAAACGAUUGCAUUUUAUAUUCUUAUGUUCAUGCCGUCACGUAUAUAGUUUAGUUUAGCCCAUAACUUACCCAUAUAACCCUGGUUAUCUGUCCUCUCGGCUACAGGUUAUAUCAAGUUCUACCUACAGUUGUUUUUAUAAAACCUGACUCAAUUGUGCGUUUAUAGUGCAAAUAUCAAACCGUAUCUGGCGUCGUUUUCCCCUAAAACAAUUUAAGUUGGACGCUUAUAGUGUCGUAUAGUUAAGUUUUUAUAUAAGUAAAAUUAUAUUCCUGUUCUAUUAAGGUUUUAUUGAAGAUUCCUGUUUGCAGGAAUAUAUUAUAUUCAUAUAAAUUAUAAAACAUAUAUAAGGAAAGAAAGAAAAAAAGCUUUCACUGUACUGUAACCUUUAUUGUUUUAAUAAAUGGUUAUGUAUUAUGCAUUUUUUUUCCUUCCUCCACGUGAACGGCUAACGGACUAGACGUCUGAGAGAAGAGUGACGUUUAGUGUGUUUUUUUUUUUUUUUUACUGAAAAGUGGCUUUAUUCAGUGUUUAUUUCUUACAACACGGUGCUGUAGCGUCUCACCGUACAUACAACAGUCAACCAGACAUAAUAAAUAGUAUUUAAAGUCAUGGAUAUUUAAUAGUUUACAGCACCGGUACACAUAGUGGGAUGUGUUGAAAACCCCCACAGAGUUUAUCGUAGAGUAACAGUUCCUCAAGCAUCUGAACUGAUGCUUUCAGGGUUGUUUUUAUUUUAUUUUAUGUCAAAUUGGGAUGUUAUCAAACACAAUUUUUGUAAAAAAUAGUUGAAACAAUACAAACAGAUUGACAAUCUGCUUUUUAAAAAAAAAAAAAAAAAAAGUACUGAAAAGUAAUAUACAACAUUAUUCAACAUACUGAGUGACGCUCCGGUGUCAGAGAUGACGAGUUCUCAUUUUCUCCAACAGAUUUUGAGGAUGAAUUUGUUCUUUUCAGUCCAAAAGAACCACUUUUGUGUGUGUGUGUGUGUGUGUGUGUGUUUUUUAUGACAGGAAAGUCACACUUGUUGCAUUACAGUAUUCUGUACACAGAGAUUUUAUGCUAACAGACACUGAAAAGAGUAACUGUUUGUUUUUUGUUUUAACGCACACGUGCAUAUCUGACCAGUUCAGUAAUCAUUUCAGUAAUUUUUUUCCCACUUUUUUUUUUUUUUUUUUUUU